AUGAGAAAGUAUAAUGCACCAAAGAUGUACGUGAAAUCCAAUAGCAGGUAUAAAAAGAAAACCGAAAGAUGGCAUCACAUAACUCGAUGCAUAAAUCAAAGCUGCAAUUAUUACACUGUUAACACGAUUUGUUUUGCAUUUCAUGCCAAUGUUAAAUCCACAUUCUGGUUGUAUUCUUGUAUCCCAAAGAAAACUACCCCAAACUUCGCUUCUGCAGGUUAUCGUUGGAGGCGACUUUGUCUCCAUACUUGUUGUCAAAUGUAUUUUAAUUUGGAUAUUGCACAAGAACCUGUUGUAAAUGAAGUUUUGCAGAUCUUUUUUCUCUUUUAAACAUUAUUUUAUGAAGUGGAUAUUGCAGAUCGAAAACUGGACAGAUAAAAAAUAUCCGCCUGUAUUGUUCCAUAGUUCGCCC